AUGGAUUGCACCGCCGGUACGUGUUUGUUUCCGUUACAUCGCUGCAAAACGAUUCACCUCGUGAGACAUGCGCAGGGGAUCCACAAUGUGGAGGGAGAUAAGAACUACAAAGCGUACUUGAAUCCUGAAUAUUUCGAUGCUCACCUCACUCCUCUUGGAUGGGAGCAGGUUGAUAAUUUGCGGAAGCAUGUUCAUUCCUCUCGAUUGAUAAACAAGAUUGAUCUUGUUAUCGCUUCUCCUUUGAUGAGGACUUUGCAAACAGCUGUUGGGGUAUUUGGUGGGGAGGGAUACAGUGGUGAUAAAACGGAUGUGGUGCCUCUUAUGGUGGCAAAUGCCGGAAAUAGCUCUCGUGCAGCAAUUUCAAGUCUUAAUUGCCCACCAAUUGUUGCUGGCGAACUUUGUCGUGAACAUUUGGGAGUUCAUCCCUGUGACAGAAGAAGAAGUGUUAGCGAGUAUCAGUUUCUUUUUCCUGCUGUUGAUUUUUCACUGAUAGACAGUGAUGAGGAUGUUUGGUGGAAGGAUGAUGUGAGAGAGACAAAGGAGGAACUUGCAGCUAGGGGGCUGAAGUUCAUGAACUGGUUGUGGACACGAAAAGAGAAGGAGAUAGCGAUUGUGACUCACAGUGGAUUCUUGUUUCACACUCUAACUGCAUUUGGAAAUGAUUGCCACCCCUCGGUGAAGAAAGAAAUAUCCAAGCACUUUGCCAACUGUGAGCUUCGCUCCAUGAUCAUUGUGGAUAGAAGUAUGUUAGGGUCGGAAGUAUCAACUACUAACUAUCCAGGCAAGAUACCUUCAGGGCUGGACAAACCUAGUGAUGCUGUGGAUGAGAACGUUGAGAAGCAGGGCGUUUAG